AUGAGUUACGUGCCAUGGAAACAUCGAUUUUUCAGUUCCAUGUUCGGCUUCGCCGUCAACUUCUCUCGCCGUUCCGACGGCACCAUCAACCGCUACAUCAUGAACCUCUUCGACUUCAAAGCUCCUCCCUCCCAACAACCCUUCGACGGCGUCAAAACAUCCGACACUGUCGUCGACGCCACUCGCAACUUAUACUUCCGCCUCUUUCUUCCUUCCCUAAAUCAAGACGACGACGUGCCAGUCAUCGUCUAUUUUCACGGCGGUGGUUUUGCAUAUUUGUCGGCAAGUUCCAUACCUUGCGAUGACUUUUGUCGAAGGCUUUGUAAGAAAACCGGUGCAGUGAUUAUAUCUGUAAACUACCGGUUGGCCCCAGAGCAUAAAUACCCAUCACAAUACGACGACGGAUUUGAUGUCUUGAAAUUCAUCGACGACAACGCUAAUGCCAAAAACCUUCCCUUAAAUGUUAACUUAAAGCAGUGCUUCAUCGCCGGCGAUAGUGCCGGCGGCAACUUGGCGCACCAUGUGGCAGUGAAAGCGUGCGAGUACGGAUUAAGAAAUGUGAAGCUGAUAGGGUUAAUAGCAAUACAACCGUUCUUCGGCGGGGAAGAAAGGACGGAAUCGGAGACCAGAAUAGUUGACGCGCCGAUGAUAUCAGUGAAGGGCACGGACUGGUUAUGGAAGGCGUUUUUGCCGGAAGGGUCGGAUCGGAACCAUCCAGCUUGCAAUGUGUUUGGGCCAAAAUCGGUUGAUGAUAUAUCGAGGUUGAAGUUUCCGGCGACAAUGGUGGUAGUCGGAGGGUUUGACCCGAUGCAUGAUUGGCAAAUAAGGUACUACGAAGGGUUGAAGAAAUGCGGGAAAGAAGCAUGUUUGAUUGAGUAUCCCCAUGCUUUUCACACUUUUUAUGGUGUCCCAGAAUUGAAAGAGACUUGUUUGUUAAUGGAGGCAGUGAAGGGUUUCAUGGAGAGAUUAAUAAAUUAAAUAAAGAGGGGUGUAGUUUGAACUGGCCCUUGAGUCGGGUCAGAUAAUAAUGCAACACUUUUGAGUCGGGUCAGAUAAAAUCAUCAUUUAAAUUUUUUUUAUAAUUAUUUGUAAUUUUCUAAUAUUUUUUAUAUUUUAGAUUAAAUAUAUUUAAACUUUUA